AUGCAGAAACACACGCUCUUGCCUCCUUCAUCUCUAGCGCAAGCAGAUGCCUCGUGGCUCACAUCCACGUCCACGUCCACGUCCACGUCCGACUCUUGCUCUCUAACUCCAACCUUGUCUCAUCUGCUUCUCCUCCCCACCACCUCGCCCAUCCUGCAGCGCCUCUCUCGCGAGACGCUCAACGCGCUGCUGGAGCUGGAAAGGUCGGAAAGACCAGAUACGUACGAGGGAUUGCUAGAUGUUGCUAGGUACUGCGUGGACGAGGAACCUGGAUGGAGCGCACAAGAUAAGUGGGAAUUGAUUAGACAAGGUACGGAUGUCGCAAACGAGGAUGCUGGGAUGGCAGCACAAAGGCAACUGGAGAAGUUGGAAGAGGAGAUGUGGGAUGCAGCUGGUGGAAGAAGCAAGGAGCUGGUCAAAUUGGCACGAGACGGUGUGACUGUCGAUGCUAUUCCAUCGCGCAGCAUCAACAGCAGCGGCAUCAACAGCAGCAGCAGCAGCAAGACGAGCACGAGGGACGCGUCAAACACCUUUGACAAUGAUCCACUCAUUUCUCUCGCCGACUUUACAAAGCUCAUUUCGCAAUCCGACAUUCUCUCUCACUUUUUCGCGCAAGACUUGCCCGGCUCGAUGAGGCUGGAGGCUGCAGUGAGGGUGCAAGAGACGCCUCGAGAAGCGUUGGCUACUUUGGCAGCUGUGGCGGUGACGGGCGGAGGAGGAGGAUCCUCUACUGCCAAGCGCGUUCGAGGAUUGUUGGGCGGUCUAUUGGGAGAGGUGGGGGAUAGGGUUGGAAAGGCGACGGGCAGAGAGACGAGGAUAGGCCCAAAGUCCAGCUUUGUGGGAUUGCAAAACGACGCUUCAAAGACGGAAUUGGACAGGUUGGAGAGGGGAUUUGCUGAUGCUCAGAAUGGUCGUGGUGCAGGUAAUGUGAGGAUCGCAAAAGGCGCAAAGAGUAGCGCAGCUGCUGCAGCACAAUCUCGACGACCUAGAACGCCUACUGGCGCUACGCCUGCGCUCGCUUCGGAGGCGGAAGAGCGCGUCAAGGCUGCAGCAGCUGCGCUGGUCUCACGCGAAGAAGGAGCAUUCAUCAUCGACGAGGCGAGGGAUGGGGAGGGGGAAGAGGAUGAAGAGGCGGCUACAGCGGGCGAGCUGGAAGACGAGCUGCAAUUGGUGCCCGGAACGACGAAAGCCGGCGUCGAGGAGUCGAAGAAGAAGAAGGAAGAGGAUAAGGCUACGAUCGCGCAGAAACGCAUGGCGGAUGACUUGCGAAAUGCUCCUGCGCAAUAG